AAAAAAACUCCGUCCGUCGUCGCGUUCCUCCGCUUCAUCUGCGAUUCCCAUUCCUCAUCGACGUCGCCGUUCCUAGUUGCUCCCGCCGAUUCUCAGAGAUUCUCACAGCAUUCGAUGUUUUUAGUAUCUCCAAGAGGUUGGAUUAAUCCCCAAUUCUUCUUCUCGCCGGCGCGCUGUGCUGGCAAUUAACGCGACGGAUCAGUCGGCGGUCUAGCAGCGACGAGCUCCGCCGGCACCUCCGGUCAACCAGGUGUUCGCUCCCUAGUUUGCACAUGACCUUUUGCCGUGGGUAACGAGGUUGCUUCCGCUAUUCGUAGGGAGGUGAUUACCAGGACAGGAGAAGACGGCGAAGGAAGGCCGAGAUCCAGGGCCGCGAGUGUUGAAUCCAUUGGGGCCUCAUUCCCACAACCAGGAGCUCUGGUCAACUCAGCUAUGCAUGGUCAUGAAGCAGAUGUUGGUUCUCCCACGACGGCUGGUUUUAUCCAUUCUGUCGUAAGCGAAAUCGAACUGAACAUCAGUUUUGGCAACUACGGUGGGGACUUGGAUGCUUCUCCAAGUCUCCAUAGCGGGUCAUUAUUCAACAUGACACUGCACAACCAAAUGAACACAUGUAUACCAGUAUGAUGUGCGGUUGGGAGGAGCCUGAUUUCGAUGAAGCAGUCGGUGCCAAUCGCAGAGCAUGCAGCGCCUGCAGCAAGGUUUCAUCUGUGGAACAGAACGUGAUUGCUGCCGGUGUCGUCUCUGUAAAAAGGCUGAUACAGGGUUUCUGAACUUAUCUGAGUUGUUACCGGAUUCGGUCCACCUAUUUUCCCCCACCACUUUACACAGUUCAACAGAGGCUGAGCUGCAUCAUCAUCAAUGAACUCUUACUCUCAAAUCUAUUUAUGUGCUUUCUUUUGUUCUUGCCUUGAGGUUUUUUCCAUCUGAUAACUUAGCCUGCAAGGGAACAUUGUUGUAGGUAAUAAUGUUUUUUUUUCCUUAUCAUCUGGUGACCAGGUAUGAAUUUUUCUCCUUUGUUUAAAAUUAUGCUUUGCUUCGCUAACGGAGAACCUAUCAAUCAACAUAUACGCCACAUGUAUAUUACUAAAAAGUCAACUGGGCAGAAUACUGUCAGUAGAUGCCAAGACCUGAAAGCAAGAUAAUAAAGAAUCAAAAACUGGACAAGACAAAAUAGCAUUCAUAUCCUCGAGUUCUAAAACCGAUGAGAAUCAAGUGGAUUGCAUAAUGCACUAUGUAGUAGUUGGACAUGAACAAGGUAGCCACUUAUCGUAUAUAUUAUUUGACAAGCAGUCUCCCCUCUCUCCCCUACUCUGUCUGUCUCAUGGAGAAACUUCAUCUGCUAGCUCUGCUUCUUCCCAUACUUCUUGGGUUACCUCCGUUGUACAUCUGUGACAUACUAUGGCUGAGGCCAGAGAGGAUAAGAAAGAAGCUGAGGAAGCAGGGUGUAAGGGGUCCCAGGCCUACUUUGUUCUAUGGCAACACCCAGGAGAUGAAGAGAAUCCGGCAAGAGGCUGUUUCUGCGCAGAAGCAAGACACCAGUAACUACAUAUCCACCCUCUUCCCUCACUUCCUUAUCUGGAGGGAAACAUAUGGCUCGGUAUUCCUCUACUCAACAGGGGCUGUGGAGAUUCUGUUUGUUUCUGACCCUGGCAUGGUCAAGGACAUGAGCCACUGUACAUCAUCUGAACUUGGGAAGCCUAUUUAUAUUCAGAAGUCUCGCAAACCGCUCUUUGGCGACGGCAUCUUGGUAUCAAAUGGUGAUAUAUGGGCCUAUCAAAGGAAGGUCAUUGCACCAGAGUUCUUCAUGGAGAAGAUUAAGAUCAUGAUAGAACUAAUAGUGGAGGCUUCUGUCCCACCGCUAGAAGCAUGGGAGAGCAUGCUUGAUGACGCAGGAGGAAGUAGAGAGAUAGAUGUGGAUGGUUAUUUGCGGAAUUUUUCGGCAGACGUAAUCGCUAGGGCAUGUUUUGGCAGCGAUUUCACAACAGGGGAAGAAAUAUUCUACAAGCUCAGGCAGCUUCAGAAGGCGAUUUCUCAGCAAGAUACACUUGUUGGAUUAUCUGCAGUGUGGAAGGUUUUGCCAACCAAGGCCAACCGAGAGAUACAAAAGCUGGAGCAAGAAGUUCGGUUACUCAUCCUCGAUGCCGCAAAGGAACACAGCCGUGAAAGCAGCAUCAGCAACAACGACGACAAUGGCAACAAUUGCAUAGAGACUAAACAUAAUGGCUUUCUGCGCUCAAUUGUCAACAGCUCUCGCCAUUGCCCGGCCAGCUACAAUGGCAGCGCCGAGGACUACAUCGUCGACAACUGCAAGAACAUCUACUUUGCCGGGCACGAGACUGCAGCUGUCACCACCACCUGGUGCCUGAUGUUACUGGCCACGCACCCGGUGUGGCAGGACCAUGCCCGCGCCGAGGCUCUAGAGGUGUGCCGCGGAUGCACAAAGCUCGACGUCGACGUCCUCCGGCGACUGAAAACAAUCACCAUGGUGAUCCAGGAGACUCUCCGGCUGUACCCUCCGGCGUCACUGAUCGUGCGCGAGGCGCUGACGGACUUCAAGCUUGGCGCCCUUGACGUCCCGCGGGGAACCAUCGUCCAGACCGCCAUCGCGAUGCUGCACCUCAACAAGGAUGUCUGGGGCCAGGACGCCGGCGAGUUCCGGCCGGACAGGUUCACGAACGGUGCCGCGGCGGCGUGCGAGCCGUCGCACAUGUACCUGCCGUUCGGGCACGGGCCCAGGAUUUGCGCGGGGCAGAACCUGGCGAUGGUGGAGCUCAAGGUGGUGCUCGUUCGCCUGCUGAGCAAGUUCGCCUUCUCGCCGUCGCCGGGGUACCGGCACGCCCCGCUGUUCCGGCUAACUAUCGAGCCUGGGUUCGGCAUGCCUCUUGUCGUCACAAAGCUUCCAUGAUCUCUCAGUGCCAUUUGUGGCGAGAAUGUACCGCGCCUGUUGAUGAAAACAAUGACGCCGCCACGUGUUUGUAACUGGCAAAGCAUGCUUUCGUCAGUUGGUACUUUCUGCCGCUCAAGAUUCAGUAACUUGAGACGCAUUGUAAAAACAAGGCCAAUAAAAUAAUUUUGUGUUCCCUGAAGACUGAAGUAGGUGUGUUCUACGCAUGUAAAAUAAUUUUCUCUUGCCAAUAGUCUUGUUGGUCCC